CUUCACCUAAGCCAACCAUUUAUCCUAAAAAAAAGUUGGCCGCUGAAGCUCCAGCGACUCCGAUGACUAUUGCUACAACCCACGUUGAUGCUGUUACUACAGUGGAGGUCGCAGCCGCUCGGAGGAGUAAUGGACUACCUGCAACCAAAAUAUGUGCCGCCGCACCACCUCCUGUCCCUCCGAAGCCUGCUUCAAUUCCAACUGGGCUUGUGUUUACACAUCGGCCAGAACCAGUCAAACCUCCAAUUGCCCCCAAGCCAGUAGUUCCUCAGAUUCCGGUAACUGUACCGAAAACAACAGACACAUGCCCCAAACCAACAGGUCUGUCUUUAACUUCAAGUAUGUCCCUAAAUUUAGUGACUUCAGCAGAUUACAAAUUGCCUUCCCCUACCUCUCCACUUUCCCCACACUCUAAUAAAUCCUCACCAAGGUACUCCAAGUCUCUAAUGGAGACAUAUGUGGUUAUCACAUUGCCCUCUGAACCUGGGACUCCAACAGAUUCUUCUGCUGCCCAAGCCAUUACCAGCUGGCCCUUGGGAUCGCCCCCAAAAGAUCUGGUUUCCCUUGAAACUGUGUUUUCUGUAGUUCCUCCUAUGACAACUACAGAAAUUCCAAGUUCUUCACAGCCAGCCCUGUAUGCACCAGGAGCUAUGGAGGCAUUUUCUUCUGCCCCUGUUGUAACACCAUCUCUAUUUCAAGGAGCUCCAAUGUCACUUACACAGUUCCUUCCAACAGAAGGAUCAAAAGCCCAGGUUUCUGCGACCAGAAGUGCGGCCCCCAGCGUCGCUCCCAGAAGUGUUUCCAUACCCAUUCCGCCAGAGCCUCUUGCUCUAGACAGGCGUCCGUACAAGGAAAAUGAAAAGUUGCCACUUACUGGUGAUGCCAUUGAUUUACGUACAAUACCAAAAACAGAAGCUGAAGCAGCUGAAAAAUGUAUGGAUCUUUCCGCCUCUGCAGUGGAGGUGAAAAGACAGCCCACGACAAAUGAAGUUUAUGGGCGACAAAUCAGCGCCAUCCAACCUUCUAUCAUAAAUCUCAGCGCGGCUGCCUCUUUAAUAACUCAAGUCACCCUAGACUCCGAGACGGUGGCGAUUGUCACAGGCACCGAUACUACAACUUACGCAACAGUCACGGGAAGCCAAGUGAGCGGAGAGCGUGCAGGGGCCGCCCCGCUCCAGCUUACUGUAUUGAAACAUACCGAGUCACCCUAUAGGAUAGCAAGCGGCCAGACAUUUCCCACGAGCAGAGACGAAGCACCAAUCAACUUAUCGCUAGGUCCCUCAGCUCAGGCAGUGACACUGGCGGUAACGAAGCCUGUCACCGUGCCUCCUGUCGGUGUCACCAAUGGGUGGACUGACGGCAUUGCAUCUCAGGGGGUCGCGGAUGGAGAAGUGGUAGACCUCAGCACGUCCAAGUCUCAUAGGACGGUUGUAACAAUGGAUGAAUCUACUUCAAAUGUGGUGACCAAAAUAAUAGAAGAUGACGAGAAGCCUGUGGACUUGACUGCGGGAAGAAGGGCUGUGUGCUGUGACAUGGUUUAUAAGUUGCCUUUUGGAAGGAGCUGCACGGCGCAGCAGCCUGCCACUACCCUUCCCGAAGACCGCUUUGGUUAUCGGGACGAUCACUAUCAGUACGAUAGAUCAGGGCCGUACGGUUACAGAGGGGUUGGUGGAAUGAAACCUUCCAUGUCUGAUACUAACUUAGCAGAAGCUGGACAUUUUUUCUAUAAAAGUAAGAAUGCUUUUGAUUAUUCUGGAGGAGCUGAUGCAGCCGUAGAUCUGUCUUCAGGGAGAGUGUCGACAGGUGAGGUAAUGGAUUAUUCAAGCAAGACGACAGGUCCAUACCCAGAAACACGCCAAGUCAUUUCAGGAGUUGGGAUUAGUACCCCACAGUAUUCCACAGCGAGAAUGACUCCUCCUCCAGGACCCCAGUAUGGUGUGGGAAGUGUUUUGAGGUCAUCUAAUGGUGUUGUCUAUUCUUCAGUAGCAACUCCAAUCCCCGCCACGUUUGCCAUCACCACUCAGCCCGGCUCCAUUUUCAGCACCACAGUCAGGGAUUUGUCUGGUAUUCAUACAACAGAUGCACUGACUUCCCUAUCAGCCCUGCAUCAGAGCCAGCCAAUGCCUCGAUCGUAUUUCCUAACGACAGGUGCAUCAGAACCGGACAUCUCAGUGACCGGCAUUGACAUCAGUGCCGGUCUGCAAACGAUGACUAUGGAAACGCUUCCCGCUGAGACGAUGGACUCCGUCCCUGCUCUAACCACGGCGUCUGAAGGGUUCUCUGAGGUGGUAGGAGAGGAAAGCGCUCUUUUAAUGGUCUCUGAUGAAGAUAAGCAACAGCAGCAGCUUGACUUGGAGCGAGAGCUCCUGGAGCUGGAGAAAAUUAAGCAACAGCGCUUCGCUGAGGAGUUGGAGUGGGAACGUCAGGAGAUCCAGAGGUUCCGCGAGCAGGAAAAGAUCAUGGUGCAGAAGAAGCUGGAGGAGCUGCAAUCUAUGAAGCAGCACCUCCUAUACCAGCAAGAGGAAGAGCGGCAGGCCCAGUUCAUGAUGAGGCAGGAGACGCUAGCUCAGCAGCAGUUACAGCUUGAGCAGAUUCAGCAGCUGCAACAGCAGCUCCACCAGCAGCUUGAGGAGCAGAAGCUCCGCCAGAUCUACCAGUACAACUAUGACCCCUCCGGAAACGCCUCUCCGCAAACCACCACCGAGCAGAUCUACCAGUACAACUAUGACCCCUCCGGAAACGCCUCUCCGCAAACCACCACCGAGCAGGCCAUGUUGGAGGGUCAGUACGCUGCUCCGGAGGGCAGUCAGUUUUGGGCCACUGAAGAGGCCACCACCACAGCUUCUACUGUGGUGGCCAUUGAAAUACCACAGAGCCAAGGAUGGUACACGGUUCAGUCCGAUGGGGUGACUCAGUACAUCGCUCCGCCCGGCAUCCUGAGCACUGUUUCAGAGAUACCGCUGACAGAUGUUGUGGUAAAAGAGGAGAAACAACCGAAAAAGAGAAGUUCCGGGGCUAAAGUUCGGGGGCAGUAUGAAGAGAUGGGGGAAAGUCUGGCAGACGAUCCGCGGAACUUGAAAAAGAUAGUGGACAGUGGCGUCCAGACUGACGAUGAAGAAAGCGCUGACCGGAGCUACGCCAGUAGGAGGAGAAGAACUAAAAAGAGCGUUGAUACCAGCGUCCAAACUGAUGACGAAGAUCAGGAUGAAUGGGAUGUGCCUUCUAGGUCAAGGAGAAAAGCCCGUCCCGGGAAGUACGGAGAUAGCACCACAGAGGGUGACAAGACCAAACCCCUCUCCAAAGUCUCCAGUGUAGCAGUUCAGACAGUCGCAGAGAUAUCUGUGCAAACUGAACCAUUGGGAACCAUAAGGACACCUUCCAUACGAGCGCGGGUGGAUGCCAAGGUAGAAAUAAUUAAACACAUUUCAGCACCUGAAAAGACUUACAAAGGGGGCAGUUUAGGAUGUCAAACCGAAACAGAUUCAGACACACAGAGCCCUCCAUAUCUGGGUGCCUCCUCUCCACCCAAAGACAAGAAACGCCCAACACCUUUAGAGAUCGGGUACUCCUCAGCUCACCUUCGGGCAGACACCGCAGUCCAGCUGGCUCCUUCCCCACCCAAAUCUCCCAAGGUCCUCUAUUCACCCAUCUCCCCACUGUCACCAGGCAAAGCAUUAGAAUCAGCCUUUGUACCUUACGAAAAACCCCUCCCCGAUGACGUAAGUCCACAGAAAGUGCUCCAUCCAGACAUGGCUAAAGUGCCCCCAGCAAGUCCUAAGACAGCCAAGAUGAUGCAGCGUUCUCUGUCUGACCCCAAGCCUCUGAGUCCUACAGCAGACGAGCGGUCCAGGGCUCCUUUUCAGUAUUCCGAGGGCUUCACGACUAAAGGUUCUCAAACCAUGACAGCCUCUGGUACCCAGAAAAAAGUCAAGAGAACACUGCCGAACCCCCCUCCCGAGGAGGCAUCUACGGGAACACAGUCCGCUUAUAGCACAAUGGGCACGGCGUCCAGGAGAAGAAUGUGCAGAACUAACACCAUGGCUCGAGCCAAGAUUCUCCAGGACAUAGACCGAGAGCUCGACCUCGUAGAAAGGGAAUCUGCCAAGCUUAGAAAGAAGCAAGCAGAACUUGAUGAAGAAGAAAAGGAGAUCGAUGCUAAGCUACGGUAUUUAGAAAUGGGGAUUAACAGGAGGAAAGAAGCAUUGCUGAAGGAGCGAGAAAAGAGAGAGCGUGCCUACCUGCAGGGGGUAGCCGAGGACCGGGAUUAUAUGUCGGACAGUGAGGUCAGCAGCACCAGGCCAAGCCGAAUAGAAAGUCAGCACGGCAUUGAGAGGCCAAGGACAGCUCCUCAAACUGAAUUCAGCCAGUUCAUACCACCCCAGACCCAAACGGAAGCUCAACUGGUUCCUCCGACGAGUCCUUACACCCAAUACCAGUACUCCUCGCCGGCUCUUCCCACCCAAGCACCCACCCCGUACACUCAACAAUCUCAUUUUCAGCAGCAGACAUUGUACCAUCAGCAAGUCUCACCUUAUCAGACUCAGCCAACCUUCCAAGCGGUGGCAACCAUGUCCUUCACACCCCAAGCUCAACCCACUCCAAGCCCACAACCAUCUUAUCAGUUACCGUCACAGAUGAUGGUGAUACAGCAGAAGCCUCGGCAAACGACAUUGUAUUUGGAACCCAAGAUAACGUCCAACUAUGAAGUGAUUCGCAACCAGCCCCUGAUGAUCGCUCCCGUUUCUACUGAUAAUACGUACGCUGUUUCCCACCUCGGGAGUAAGUACAAUAGCUUAGAUUUGAGAAUAGGGCUGGACGAACGAAGCAGGAUGGUGAGCAGCCCGAUAUCGAGCAUAUCUGCAGACUCUUUCUAUGCAGAUAUGGACCACCACACUUCAAGGAAUUACGUCCUCAUCGAUGACAUUGGCGAGAUUACCAAAGGGACAGCAGCGCUAAGCACCGCAUUUAGCCUCCAUGAAAAAGAUCUCUCCAAAACAGACCGUCUCCUGAGAACCACCGAGACCCGCAGGUCUCAGGAAGUGACCGAUUUCCUAGCACCUUUGCAGACGUCCUCCAGAUUGCACAGCUACGUGAAAACAGAGGAGGACCCGAUGGAGGAUCCUUACGAGUUAAAGCUUCUGAAACACCAGAUUAAGCAAGAAUUCCGCAGAGGCACAGAGAGUCUCGACCACCUUGCUGGUCUUUCACAUUAUUACCAUGCCGAUACUAGCUACAGACAUUUCCCCAAGUCUGAAAAGUACAGCAUCAGUAGACUCACCCUUGAAAAGCAAGCAGCCAAACAGUUACCAGCAGCCAUACUCUACCAAAAGCAAUCAAAGCAUAAGAAAUCAUUAAUUGACCCUAAAAUGUCAAAGUUUUCACCUAUUCAAGAAAGUAGAGAUCUUGAACCGGAUUAUCCAAGUUAUAUGAGUUCUAGCACUUCAUCUAUUGGUGGUAUUUCUUCUAGGGCAAGGCUUCUUCAAGAUGAUAUCACAUUUGGUCUCAGAAAAAAUAUUACAGAUCAACAAAAAUUCAUGGGCUCAUCACUUGGGUCAGGACUGGGCACAUUAGGAAAUACCAUCAGGUCAGCUCUACAGGAUGAAGCAGAUAAGCCAUACAGCAGCGGAAGCCGGUCCAGGCCUUCCUCGAGACCUUCUUCCGUCUAUGGGCUUGAUUUGUCAAUUAAGAGGGAUUCUUCCAGCUCAUCGUUAAGACUGAAAGCUCAAGAGGCUGAAGCUCUCGAUGUCUCCUUUGGCCAUUCAUCCUCUUCUUCCAGAACUAAGCCCACCAGUUUACCAAUCAGCCAGAGUAGAGGAAGAAUACCAAUUGUAGCUCAGAAUUCAGAAGAAGAAAGUCCGCUCAGUCCUGUGGGCCAGCCAAUGGGAAUGGCCAGGGCUGCAGCUGGACCUUUGCCCCCCAUAUCCGCAGACACCAGGGACCAGUUUGGAUCAAGUCAUUCACUGCCCGAAGUUCAGCAACACAUGCGAGAAGAGUCACGGACAAGAGGGUAUGACCGUGACAUAGCGUUCAUCAUGGAUGAUUUCCAGCAUGCUAUGUCUGACAGUGAAGCCUACCACUUGCGUCGGGAGGAAACGGAUUGGUUUGAUAAACCCAGGGAGUCUCGCUUGGAAAAUAGCCAUGGUCUGGACCGGAAAUUGCCAGAAAGAUUGGUUCACUCUAGACCCCUCAGUCAACAUCAAGAGCAGAUUCUGCAAAUGAAUGGCAAGACCAUGCACUACAUCUUUCCUCAUGCAAGAGUAAAAAUCGCCAGAGACUCCAAGGAUCACACAGUUUCAGGUAAUGGGCUAGGAAUUAGAAUUGUUGGUGGCAAAGAAAUCCCUGGACAUGGUGGAGAAAUUGGAGCCUAUAUUGCUAAGAUUCUUCCUGGUGGAAGUGCAGAACACACGGGAAAACUUAUAGAAGGGAUGCAGGUUUUGGAAUGGAACGGGAUCCCCUUAACCUCUAAGACAUAUGAAGAAGUGCAGAGCAUCAUUAAUCAGCAAAGUGGGGAAGCAGAAAUAUGUGUAAGACUGGACCUCAAUAUGUUGUCAGAUUCGGAAAACCCCCAGCACCUGGAACUGCAUGAGCCACCGAAAGCUGUGGACAAGGCGAAGUCCCCAGGGGUUGAUCCCAAGCAGUUGGCAGCGGAGCUGCAGAAGGUCUCGCUUCAGCAGUCCCCCCUGGUCAUGUCGUCAGUCGUGGAGAAAGGGUCUCACGCUCAUUCAGGUCCCACGUCAGCAGGAUCCAGCUCUGUUCCCAGCCCUGGGCAGCCAGGAUCGCCCUCCGUGAGCAAGAAGAAGCAUGGCAGCAGCAAGUCUACUGAUGCCACAAAGGUUGCCUCUCAUCCAAUCACAGGAGAAAUUCAGCUUCAAAUCAACUAUGACCUUGGAAACCUUAUCAUACAUAUUCUUCAAGCAAGAAAUCUUGUCCCUAGAGACAACAAUGGCUACUCUGACCCUUUUGUUAAGGUGUACCUACUUCCGGGGCGAGGUCAAGUCAUGGUUGUCCAGAACGCAAGUGCUGAGUACAAGAGGAGAACUAAAUAUGUCCAGAAAAGUCUUAAUCCGGAAUGGAAUCAAACAGUAAUUUAUAAGAGUAUUUCCAUGGAGCAGCUCAUGAAGAAGACAUUGGAGGUGACAGUGUGGGACUACGACAGAUUCUCUUCCAACGACUUCCUCGGGGAGGUGCUGAUCGAUCUAUCCAGCACGUCUCACCUGGACAACACUCCUCGGUGGUACCCACUGAAAGAGCAGACCGAGAGCAUUGACCACGGCAAGUCUCACGCCAGUCAAAGCAGCCAGCAGUCUCCAAAGCCCUCUGUCAUCAAGAGCAGGAGCCAUGGUGUCUUCCCCGACCCAUCCAAGGACAUGCAAGUUCCCACCAUUGAGAAAUCCCACAGUAGUCCUGGUAGCUCAAAAUCGUCAUCCGAAGGCCAUCUCCGAUCUCACGGACCGUCUCGCAGUCAAAGCAAAACCAGUGUCACUCAAACCCACCUGGAAGACGCAGGGGCUGCCAUAGCCGCGGCCGAAGCCGCCGUGCAACAACUCCGCAUUCAACCAACAAAGCCCGCCAAUCACCGGCCUGCAGAGAGCUCCGUGUCCACCGGCUCCUCGGGCAGCAGCGUUGGCAGUGGAUACAGCGUGGACAGUGAAGGAAGCAGCUCUGCGGCAGGGGAAACUAAUCUACUUCCUAUCCCAAGGAUAGGAAAGAUGGGACAGAAUGGACAAGACCCUGUGAAACAGCCAGGAAUGGGAGCGGCAGAUCCAGAAGCAAAAACUCAAGUCAUGGGAGAAAUCAAGCUAGCCCUGAAAAAGGAAAUGAAAACAGACGGCGAACAACUAAUAGUUGAAAUUCUCCAGUGCAGAAAUAUUACCUACAAAUUUAAGUCUCCGGAUCAUUUACCAGAUUUAUAUGUGAAAAUAUACGUGAUCAACAUCUCUACUCAAAAGAAGGUUAUCAAGAAGAAGACAAGGGUAUGCAGACAUGACCGAGAGCCUUCCUUCAACGAAACCUUCAGAUUCAGCCUGAGUCCUGCAGGUCACUCUCUUCAGAUUUUGCUGUUCUCCAAUGGAGGGAAGUUCAUGAAGAAGACUUUGAUUGGAGAAGCCUGCAUCUGGCUUGACAAAGUGGAUCUGAGGAAGAGAAUAGUGAACUGGCACAAACUUUUAGUCACGCCGACUCAAACACACUGAAGCUGUCUGCUCAGGGUGAGGAAGCGGAGCUCCGUAGCCUCCGAGGGAGACUGGAGUUGAACAUUACUGUGUUGAUCCAUGUUUUCAGGGGCAAACAUGGGGUAGGAAACAAGAACCCAACACACCGCGUUGUUGUGGAAUACAACGUGACUCCUAAAGUUCACGUGUUGAAAGCAAACCGAGGAAAAUAGGCCCGAGACCCUGGAUUUCUCAAAGCUGUGAAGAGAAGCUGCGGAAGGAAGUUUGACGUGUUGAUGUGGGAGUCUUGGAGCAGCCUGAGCUAAUGAAGAGGCACAGAGGAUUUUCUAUGGCAGUCAAAGGUAGAGUGAAAGCAAUUGUUGGUGCACACAGAAACCUUGUUCCAAAGGACGGGUCAUGUGAAGCUCAGUUUUGAAAAGUACAAAACUCUUUGUCUUAUAUUCUCAAAAAACUUCCUGCUUUGGAAUUCUGACCUAAGAUGCAUCUAUGAGUUGUCUACAGGACCAGAAGGUGACUGUGUUUAUGGGGGAAAUGAAGCAGGAGUUGUGAACAAUGGAUUUUAGACUGGACCGUGCAUGUUUUCCCUAUGUCCACAUUAGGAAGCUAUACAGCGCUAGGUCUGGAUUCUGUACGGCAGAAGCACAUCUCCUUUUGGUGUAACUUAAAAUAGUGAAGAGUGAAGAUAAUCGUAGGUUAAAAUUAAACUGUAUUUACCUAGAAAUGAAACAAAAAACUAGUGACUGGACAUUAAAAGAGAAUGCUGACCCACAAAACAUGUCCCUUGGUUGAAACCACUGCAAUCUCUAUAACGUUCCGCUAGGUCAAGGCACUUUCAGCACAUCAAGGCGUCUGGAUGAAUUGGUGUGUCCUAUGAGUAGGUUUGCUCAUUCACUGAGGAGCUGCCCUACAUGUAUCAUUCUACAUGUUUCUUUCCUCCUGCAUAAUGUGUUGUCAGAGACAUCAAAUGAUUGUUCUGGCAAAAGGAAUCAUAUUUAUCAUAUGACAUUGAUUAAACCGUUGUCACUUUCUAAUUUUUCUGUGGUUUUUCUCUAUACCCAGUAACCAUAUCAUGAGCACCCUGACAACACCCUCAAGUCCUUUCUCCUGUUCUGCUUUCUUCUUGGUGAUAAUAUCAUCGUUGGAAAGCCAAUGUUGGGAAAGGCUGGAAAAAAAAUCAAUGUUGGAAAUUAAAAUAUGUUUGAUCUAUUUUAAUAAUAUAGAACCAAACAACCAAUGUGUGAAUCGCCAAAACGAAACUCUCUCUCUCCCGAUCAACCACCAGGGUCAAUAAAAAAAAAAAAAAAAAAGGUAGCGCGGAGCCUGCAGGAGCUGUGCUCGGCCGAGGCUGAAGUCCUGGCAUCUCGUCCUGAUUCUGCUACUGAUCUUGCAUGUUACCACUUCUCAAACGCAGAUCAAAUUCACUUCCCCCUAAAUAAUGGUGUUUUCUGAUCACUCCUAACAGGAUGCUCAAAUAAAGAGGUCUAGGAACUAGGAAAGCACAUUCCCAGAUACUGCUUUAUAUACAAAUUGAAAGACAAUUAUUGUGUAGCUUUUUAAUUCACAAAUUUUGUAUGUGAGAAGCAACUUCCAACCAAGGAUAAGCGUCAGCAUGAAUAAAAACAGUAAAUUGUUCCAAGACUCAUUUAACUUCCAUUUAAACAGACUUCCAUUUAACCUGAAAAAGAUAGAACGUUAAAUAAAAGUUAUUUGUCAUACAAAGUUUUCUGAAGUCCACAGCUCUUAUUCCACUACCACAUCCUGCCCAAAAUAAACAAAAUUACUUUGCAGAGUAUUUGAAGUAAAAAAUUGUUACUUUAUUUAAGAUGAGGUUUUAAUGGAAUGGUAGGAAAUCAUUUCAAAAAUGUUGGUUGGAUAUUAAAUUUUCUCAUUUUUAGAGAAAAACGUUAAAUUUAAAAGUAAUGCAAGACCCUAGAAGUAAACAUUUCUAGUAUAUGCCAAAUUAUGUAUCUUACACUCAUUAAAAAAAUUGAAGUUCACUUUUCUUUGUCCUAAAAUACCAACAUAUUCUUUCCCCUAUUUUCUUUCUUCUCCCCUCCCAAUGCAAUACCAUUUACCACUGAUAGUCUUCUAAGUGAACAUGGGGGAAGCAAAUUUUCGAAGCUAGAAUAUUGCUAACAUUUAUUUUUAGAGACUAUUAGAUAUAUUGGUGGUUGCCAUGGAUAUUUCCAGCAGACACUCCUACUGGAAACCUGUAACCAGUCACAACUGGGGAGGAAAGGGGUCUAAGAGAAUGUGGAACAUCAAAAUCUCUUCACAGGCAACUCAGGUCCAUCUCUUGGCCUGCUCUACAGUCUCUGGUACCAAAGGGUUUGGUGAAAGGUGAUACAGCUGAGUAGCUUGCUCCAUUCUUGUCACAACGUACACACUCGGAAGGCCCACCAGAGCAAAAUCAACAGGAGUAGCUCUUACGCCUGAAAUAAUGGAAGCCCUUCUAGGGCGGCUGCCCCUCCACUCCAAAGGACUAGCAAUAGGGCUAGAUCAAUGAGAUCAAUCGAGAGAGUCAACGACAGGACUUCUUGUCAUGCACCAGCAUUCCCCUUGAAACAGGUCCUGCCAGUGUGCCCUAUGUGCAGCUGACCAGACUCCUAGGUUGUAACUGGACCUGUUCUAUGCAACACCAAUCCCCACAGGAACGCACUUGGAGGGAGGCCGACCGCCCUUCUCACCACGGAACUCUUUCUUUUUUAAUUGCAAAUAGGGCUCUUAGUGGUUUUUUACUUUUUUUGGUAAAUAACACAACACAUGAU